UCGCGCACUGUUUAUAUUACAGUUUACUCCGAUCAGACAGCACUGAAGAAAAACUACUCUCGUCUCGAGACUUCCGCAUGAGUUAAAUGCAGUAUUUAAUUCACGAGGUGUCAGAUGUAACAGAGCAUUCGUACAAUAUACAGAAAAUGCGUCUUCGAUGACCACAUGAUGGUUGUCGUUCUUCAACAAAGGUGUACAUGCAUUCCAGAGGAAAAUAAUAAUGAUUAUGAAGAAAACACCUUGAGGAAUUGGAAAAAAACCUUGUUCUGUCAUUGGCUGACAUCGUAUGGUGGAAUGAACAUUGACCGAACUCCAGGGUAAUGGCAAGGUUUAGACGAAAGUCAUGUUGUGUAAUAAUCGCUUUAGCCUUGGUUGUAUUUAUUAUACCGGUCAUUCUAAAGUCUCUAAGUCCUGAGGAUAACAGUUUUGGCAGCCAGUUUGCAUUUAGACUUCUUCCAUCCUCAAGAGAUGUGGAAGAAGACACCAGAGAUCCUGUAUCAAGUAAAGCAUCGUGGACACUGAAGUUGAUCGGUGCAAAGAAAUCUGAUAGCCCAGAGAUCAAGAUGCAAGAUCUCCCUGAACCGAAUUAUAAUGUGCAUGCGUUUUACUAUGCAUGGUACGGUAACCCUCAGUUUGAUGGAAAAUACGUUCACUGGGAUCAUCUUAUCUUACCACACUGGGACCCCAAAGUGGCUUUAUCGUAUCCCACCGGAAGACACGAGCCUCCUGAUGACAUUGGGACAAAUUUCUACCCUGCGCUGGGACCGUACAGCUCCAAAGAUCCAUCUGUUUUAGAGGAACACAUGCAACAACUAUGCACAGCUGGUGUUGGUGUUCUUGCACUUUCAUGGUAUCCAGCUAAUAUGAAGGAUGACAAUGGUGAAGAAAUUGACAACCUGGUGCCUUUGAUUCUAAAUGCAGCGGAUAAAUAUAAGUUGAAGGUUGUUUUUCAUAUUGAGCCAUACAAAAAUCGCGAUGAUGCAAACAUGCACGAAAACAUUAAAUAUAUUGUGGACAGGUAUGGAAGCCAUCCUGCUUUUUACAGAUACAAAACAAACACAGGCAAGUUUCUUCCAUUGUACUACAUAUAUGACUCCUACUUGCAAAGUCCACAAGUUUGGUCACAGCUGCUGAAGUCGAAUGGUAAACACACGAUCAGGAACACGCCAUACGAUGGCAUCUUCAUUGCUCUUCUUGUGGAGGAGAGGCAUAAGGAAAAUGUACUGAAUGGCGGAUUUGACGGACUCUACACGUAUUUCGCCACCAAUGGCUUUACUUACGGUUCCUCGCAUCACAACUGGAGAUCCAUGAAAACCUUCUGCGAUAACAAUGACUUGAUGUUCAUACCAAGUGUGGGGCCUGGUUACAUUGACACUAGUAUUAGGCCUUGGAACUCCCAGAAUACAAGGAACCGCAUCAAUGGGAAAUAUUAUGAGACCUCUUUUAAUGCAGCACUGGGUGCCCGGCCACAGAUAAUCUCUAUAACGUCUUUCAACGAAUGGCAUGAAGGGACACAAAUUGAAAGAGCCGUCCCAAAGACAUGGAGAAAAACUGUGUACCUCGACUACCUUCCUCACAAAUCAACAGUUUAUUUAGAGAUAACAAACAAAUGGGCCAGAAAAUUCAGUGAGGAGCUAAAGAAAUGGUCGGAGUAAAACGUUUUCCAUUUUUUGUGACUCCCAACAAUGAAAAUUGAUUUUCAGUUUGAUUUAUUGGAGUUGUGUGGGUAUGUUAAACUUGUUUUACACUUUUAUCCCAGUGUAUCGAAACUUAACUCAUUACACUGAAGAUCAAUGAAAUUCCACCUGAAGCUGUAAAUAUGAUGUAUGAAGCCUCAAGUUGCACUAAAAUUGUAUUAAUAAAUAAUAUAAUUGAU